AUGUCACCUAAAAAACAAAAGGUAUAUCUACAAAAAACACGUCAAAAGAUAGGAUAUGUUGCACAACAAGAUUGUGAGAUCACCAAUGAUACAGAUAAUCAAUCGGAAGAAUCUGACGGAAUGAAUAAGUGUUGGGUUAAUGAAACUUUAGAAUAG